UCCGCCAAUAUUUUUUUUUGGUGUUCGUUGAAACUUUAGCCUGCAAGGCUUAAGUUGCAGACAUACUCGCUCUCUGCCAUUCCUUUUUAGUUGCGACUUGGUAGUUCCAAUGGAGAACCGCAUUGGUAUCUUCGAUAAUCUAAGACCGCCCAAGUCUUUGAAAUCCAUCUUCCGCAGCGCCAGGAAGUCGGAAAAUAUGGUCGACGCUUCUCCCGACUCCAUCCCUCAGCUCUCUUGCAUCGCCAAUUCCGUCAUUGCUCGUUGUUCCAAGAUUCUUUCAAUUCCAACUGAAGAGUUGCAGUGUUGUUUUGAGACUGAGCUACCUGAACACACUAAGCAAUCUCCUACUUAUGCUAGGAAUUUGUUAGAGUUCUGCUCAUACCAAGCACUGGAUUUGGUGACUCAGCGUCCAAAUUAUUUAAGUGAUAAGGAGAUUCGCCGAUUGACGUAUGAUAUGAUGCUUGCUUGGGAAGAUUCAGGUGUCGAGAGAGAACCCUUACAGAAAGUAGAUGACAAGGAAACUGUUGGGCCAGAGGCUUUUGCACGAAUUGCUCCUGCUUGUGCUGCUGUAGCAGAUAUCAUUACUGUCCGCAAUCUUUUUGAUGCACUUGCAGGCUCUUCAGGUGGCCAGCUGCAUUUUCUAAUCUACGAUAAAUACCUUAGAAGCCUUAAGAAAGUCAUCAAAACUGCAAAAAACGCACCUGGAAUGCCUUUGGCUUCUAACCUUCAGCUUGCUGAGGGAGAGAUAAUCUUAGAUGUGGAUGGCACUACUCAACCAGUUAUGCAACACAUUGGGACUUCAGCAUGGCCUGGUCGCUUGACACUGACCAAUUAUGCUUUAUACUUCGAGUCAUUGGGAGUUGGUUUAUAUGACAAAGCUGUCAGAUAUGAUCUGGCAACAGACUUGAAGCAGGUUUUAAAGCCCGAAUUGACUGGCCCACUGGGUGCCCGUCUCUUUGAUAAGGCCCUGAUGUACAAUUCAACAUCUGUAACAGAGCCUAUAUUUUUUGAGUUCCCUGAAUUCAAAGGCAACUCACGCCGGGACUACUGUUUAGAAAUUAGUCUUGAGAUUCUGCAUGCUCACAAGUUUAUCAGGAGAUACAAUCUCAAAGAUACACAGCAGGCCGAAGCACUUGCAAAGUCCAUUCUAGGCAUCUUCCGGUACCGUGCCUUAAGAGAUGCUUUCCAGAUCUUUCCAUCUCUUUACAAGACUUUACUUGCUUAUAACUUAGCUGAAAAGCUUCCUGGGGGAGAUAAGAUAUUGGAAAUUCUAUCAGGUCAAUUGGAGCAAUUCAAUGCUAGGAUGCUGCAAAAUGAUGCCAUCAGAAUAUCAUUAAAUGAUGUCAAGGGGAAGUCUCCAUCAUCCCCAGCAUCACUAUUUGCACUUGUGAGACUUGCGUUGUUACCAAAAGGGGCAUAUUCUGAUGGAGAUUCAGCAUUCCUGGUACGAGAUGUGACUGCUGGAGAGAUCAAUCCUUUAGAAUUGGCUGUGAAGAAAUUGAAACAUGACACAGGGAGAGCUGAGGCAGCACAAGCGUCUGUGGAUCAAGUGAAAGUGGAAGGGAUUGAUAGAAAUAUAGCUGUGAUGAAGGAGUUACUUUUCCCACUGGUUGAAUCGGUUAAGCUGCUCCAAUAUUUGGCCUCUUGGGAUGACCCUUUUAAAUCAACAGUGUUUCUGAUGCUGAUAUGUUACACAUUUGUCAGGGGUUGGUUCAAGUAUGUCUUGCCUUGCACUUCUGUAUUCCUGGCAGCAUUCAUGCUCUGGCAGAAGCAUCAGAACAAAGGAAAGCCAUUGGAAGCUGUCACAGUAACACCUCCCCCGAGUCAGAAUGCAGUUGAACAACUGCUGACGUUACAGGAAGCCAUUUCUCAGGUUGAAGCACUAGUUCAAGCUGGAAACAUCACUCUUCUGAAGCUAAGGGCGAUCUUAUUUUCUGCUCUUCCUCAGACCACAGACAAGGUUGUCAUUCUGUUGAUUAUCAUGGCAGCAGUGUUUGCUUUUGUGCCUCUGCAGUACCUUAUGAUAUUGAUCUUCCUUGAGGCAUAUACAAGUGAGAUGCCAAUGAGAAAAGAUAGCAGUGAACGGAUGUCAAGGCGGGCUAGAGAAUGGUGGCUUCGGAUACCAGCAGCUCCUGCCCUAAUAGUCAAGGUUAAAGACAAAAAGAAGAGGAAUUGAUCAGUUCUUCUCGACUCUGACAAAUAUUCAUCUGUGCAUGGUCAAUCACAUUUUGUCUUCUGCUUGACAACCUGUUGGUAUUGCUUUUUGUAUCUAUUAAUUGGGGUUUGGGUUCUGCUGACUGUUUUAGUUUUUUCCUUUACAGGCUAGCUAAACAUGUUAUACUUGUUACCGUAGCCAGGAAAAACAUGAUUAGCCGGACCAGUAAAUGAGGGAGCAUUGAAAGAAUUAUUACUGCUUUCUUUAUAUAUGAUCUUGCCUCAUUUGAUCUGA